AUGGAGACAAUCACGAGGGAGGAGUCUCAGAUCUCGCCGACGGCCGAGUUCUCGUCGAUCAUCGUGCCCACACUCGACACGGCGCGCUACACCGCACUCCUCCAUACGCUGCUUGACUACAACCGGCCGCUCCUCUACGUCGGCCCGACGGGGACCGGUAAGACGGCGUACGUCCAGCGGCAUAUCCUCUCGCUGCCGGCGGAGCAGUGGUCGUCUGCCUUUGUCAACUUCUCGGCGCAGACGUCGGCCAAUCAGGCGCAGGACAUCAUCGACGCCAAGGUAGACAAGCGGCGCAAGGGGGUGUUUGGUCCGCCGCUCGGCCGCCGGCUGGCAGUGUUUGUCGACGACCUCAACAUGCCGUCCCUCGAGGUGUACGGCGCCCAGCCGCCGAUCGAGCUCCUCCGCCAGUGGAUGGACCAUGGAGGGUGGUUCGACCGCAAGGAGAACUCCUUCCGCAAGAUCGUAGACCUCACCUUUGUCGCGGCGAUGGGCCCACCGGGCGGCGGGCGCAACCCAGUCACGCCGCGUUACAUGCGCCACUUCAACAUCAUAGCCUACACCGCGUUUGACGACGCGUCGAUGCAACGCAUCUUUCAGACCAUCUUAGAGUGGUGGCUGCGAAAGGAGCAAUUUGGAGCUGACUACAUGCGGAUGGCGACCUCAGUGGUCGGCGCAACCAUCGACGCGUACAAGGAGUCGAUCGCGAACCUGCUGCCGACGCCCUCAAAGUCGCACUACACCUUCAACCUUCGCGACGUCGCGCGCGUGGUGCAAGGCCUGCUCCUCACAAACGUUGAGGACUACACCGGCCCGUCUGACAUGAUUAUGGCAUGGUGCCAUGAGCUCAACCGAGUCUUCUACGACCGCCUCACCGACAUGGACGACUGCGCGUGGUUCCGCGAGAUGCUGGUCGGCCUCUGCACCAAGCACUUCCAGCAGCCGGUGAGCAAGCUCUUCGAGGAGCGCGGCCUGCCUCUCGGAUCGACCGGCGACGUCGACGAUGACUCGCUGCGCCGCCUCAUCUACUGCAACUUCGCUGUACCCAAGGGAAAACGCACCUACCGUCGGGUCGAAUCGACCGAGGGGCUACAGAGCACCAUGAGCACGUUCCUCGACGACUACAACGCCGUCUCGUCCAAGCCUAUGAAGCUCGUGCUCUUCCUGUUUGCAAUGGAGCACGUCUGCCGUAUAUCACGCGUGCUGCAGAUGCCCCGCGGCAAUGUGCUGCUCGCUGGCGUCGGCGGCUCCGGUCGACAGUCGGCCACGCGGCUGGCGGCCUACAUCUGUGACAUGGAUGUCUUCACGAUCGAGGUGUCCAAAUCCUACUCGAUGGCCGACUGGCGCGAAGAUCUCAAGGCGGUGCUCCGGCUGGCCGGCAUGCAGGGCAAGGGCACAGUGAAAGAUGAGGCCUACCUCGAGGACAUCAACGGCCUGCUCAACGCCGGCGAGGUGCCCAACCUCUUCCCCGCCGACGAGAAGGCGCAGAUCUGCGACGGCGUGCGCGAGGCCGCGCGCCAAAACGAACGUGAGGGCGACGGCUCCAUGACCACUAUGUUUGCGUACUUUGUCGAGCGCUGUCGCGACCUUUUGCACAUCUGCCUGGCCAUGUCGCCGAUCGGCGACGCCUUCCGACGCCGCCUGCGCAUGUUCCCCUCCCUCAUCAACUGCUGCACCAUCGACUGGUUCCGCGCCUGGCCGGCCGACGCCCUCGACGCGGUGGCCUCGACCUUUCUCGAAGAGGUGGAGAUGGAAACGGACGUGCGCUCGUCCGUGGUCGAGAUGUGCAAGACGUUCCAGAUUCAGACCCGCGACCUGGCGGAAAAGUUCGGGCGCGAGGAGCGACGCAUGGCCUACGUGACGCCGACCUCGUACCUCGAGCUCAUACAGACCUUCCAGACUGUGCUGGCUGAGAAGCGCAGAGAGGUCGAUCUGGUGCGGCGACGCUACGACAAUGGGCUUGAUCAGCUGAACGGCGCCGCUGAGGCGGUCGUCAAGAUGCAGGAAGAGCUGACGGACCUCAAGCCUAAGCUGGUGGUCGCCAAGGAGGAGACCGAGACGAUGCAGGUCCAGAUCGACAAGGAGGUCAAGGAGGUGAUCGAGCCCAAGAAGGAGGUUGUGCAGGCGGAGGAGGCCGCGACCAAUGAGGUUGCCAUGCGAGCAAAGGGCAUGAAGGAGGAGUGCGAGGCGGACCUCGCCGAAGCCAUCCCGGCACUCAACUCUGCCAUCAAGGCGCUCGACACGAUCAAGAAGGCCGACAUUGACCUGGUCAAAAACAUGGGCUCGCCUCCGGCCGGAGUCAAGCUCACGCUCGAGGCGAUCUGCGUGAUGAAGGACGUGAAGCCGGACAAGGUGAAGGACCCCGACAACCCAGCGAAGAGCUUGCUCGACUACUUUGGCCCCGGCAAGAAGCUGCUGAUGGACUCCAAGGCCUUUGUCGACUCGCUCAAGUCGUACGACAAGGACAACAUCCCGCCCAAGAUCAUCAAGGUGAUCCGAGAGCAAUACUGCACCAACGACGACUUCCUGCCGGAGAAGAUCGCAAAGGCGUCGUCGGCUUGCGAGGGCUUGUGCAAGUGGGUGCGCGCGAUGGAGAUCUACGAUCGCGUGGCAAAGGUCGUGGCGCCCAAGAAGGAAAAACUGAAGGAGGCAGAGGCGGAGUAUGCGGAGGCGAUGGCGGGGCUGUCCGUCAAGCAGGCUGAACUCAAGGAGGUCAUGGACAAGCUGGCGGCGAUGGAGGACAAGCUGAAGGAGCUCGCCCAGACAAAGGAGGAGCUCGAGGCAAAGUACGAGGACUGCAACGCCAAGCUGGAGCGCGCGGAGAAGCUCAUGAGCGGGCUGGGCGGCGAGAAGCAGCGCUGGGGCGAGAUUUCAGCGUCGCUCGGGCCAAAGUACGACCGGCUCGUCGGCGACGUGCUCCUCUCGUCGGCCGUCAUCGCGUACCUCGGCCCCUUCACCAUCCCCUUCCGGCGCGAGGCCAUCGCGGGCUGGCAGCGCCUUUGCGACGAGAAGCAGGUGCCCAUGUCGGAGCGGUUCGACCUGCAGGAGAUCGUGGGCGACCCGGUGGCGAUUCGCGGCUGGAACCUGCAGGGGCUUCCGACCGACUCCUUCUCGAUCGACAACGGCAUCAUCAUCUCCGUCGCGCGGCGCUGGCCACUCAUGAUCGACCCACAGGGCCAGGCCAACAAGUGGAUCCGCAAGAAGGAGGCCGAGGCGGGCCUUCUGGUCAUCAAGCUCACGCAGUCCGACUACCUCCGCACUCUCGAGAAUGCCAUCCAGUUUGGCAAGCCCGUGCUCUGCGAGAAUGUGCUCGAGGCGCUCGACCCGGCACUCGAGCCACUGUUGGUCAAGCAGACAUUCAAACAGGGCGGGGUCGAGUGCAUCCGGCUGGGCGACGCCACCAUUGAGUACUCGCGCGAGUUCAAGUUCUACAUCACGUCCAAGCUGCGCAACCCGCACUACCUGCCCGAGCUGCAGGUCAAGGUGACGCUUCUCAACUUCAUGAUCACGCCUGCGGGCCUCGAGGACCAGCUACUUGGCAUCGUCGUCUCACAGGAGCGGCCGGACCUCGCGGAGGAGAAGUCGCGGCUCGUGCUCGAGGCCGCGGCGAACAAGAAGCAGCUGAAGGAGAUCGAGGACCAGAUCCUCGAGGUGCUCUCAUCGGGCGAGGGAGGCUCGAUCCUGGAGGACGCCACCGCCAUCAACAUCCUCACCGCCGCAAAGACGCUCGGGAACGAGAUCUCGGAGAAGCAGCAGGUGGCUGAGGAGACCGAGAUCAAGAUUGACGAGGCGCGCGCUGGGUACAAGCCGGUGGCGUACCGCACGUCUCUGCUCUUUUUCUGCAUCGCCUCGCUCGCGGACAUCGACCCCAUGUACCAGUACUCUCUCGAGUGGUUCAUCAACCUCUUUGUGCGUGCGAUCGCCGACUCUGAGCCCUCCGCCGACCUGCCCGUGCGGCUGGAGAACCUCAACAGCUUCUUCCAGGACUUUUUGUACCGCAACAUUUGCCGCUCGCUGUUCGAAAGGGACAAGCUCUCCUUCUCGAUGCUGCUUUGCGCGGCGCUGCUGAUGGGGUACGACCGGCUGGAUGCAGACGAGUGGCGUCAGCUGCUCACCGGCGGCGUGCUGCUCAACGCCGACAAGGCGCCACGCAACCCGCAACCCUGGCUGGAUGACAAGCUCUGGGAGUCUGUCCUGACGGUGGCGCAGCUGCCCGCCUUCAGUGAGCUGCCCGCCAAGAUAGCUGAGAACGGGGAGGCGUACCGGGCCUUCCUCGAGCACCCGGAGCCGCAUCUGGCCUACGACUGCUUGCCCGAGUACGUGCAGAGCAUGAGUGCCUUCCAGAAGUUGCUCGUGCUCCGCACCUUGCGCCUCGACAAGCUGGUGCCCGGCAUCUCCCAGUUUGUGGCUGGUGAGCUCGGCCAGAGAUAUAUCGAGCCGCCGCCGUUUGAUCUGGAGGGCACGUUUCAGGACUCGAGCAGCACGACGCCACUCAUCUUCAUCCUCUCGCCCGGCGUCGACCCGAUGCUCUCGCUGCUGAAGUUUGCGGAGUCGAAGGGGAGAAAGGUGGACUCGAUCUCGCUCGGCCAGGGGCAGGGGCCGCACGCCGAGCAGUUGGUGGCGUCGGGGCAAAAGGAGGGCUACUGGAUCGUGCUGCAAAACUGCCACCUCUACGUGUCAUGGAUGAUCACCCUCGAGCGGCUGGUGGAGGAGAUGGACCCGAAGAAGGUGCACAAGAACUUUCGGCUUUGGCUCACGUCGUACCCGUCGCCGCACUUCCCCGUCCUCAUCUUGCAGAACGGCGUCAAGAUGACGAACGAGCCGCCAAAGGGGCUGCGCGCAAACAUGAUCCAGUCCUACCUCGCCGAUCCCAUCUCGGACCCAGAGUUUUUCGACCGCUGCCAGAAACAGCCACAGUGGCGCCGGAUGCUCUUUGGCCUUUGCUUCCUCCACGCCUGGCUGCAGGAGCGGCGCAAGUACGGCCCGCUCGGCUGGAACAUCCCGUACGAGUUCAACGAGAGCGACCUGCGCAUCUCUGUGCGACAGCUGCAGAUGUUCCUCGACAGCUAUGACGAGACACCGCUUGCAGCGCUCAACUACCUCACCGCCGAGUGCAACUAUGGCGGCAGGGUGACGGAUGACAAGGACCGCCGCACGCUCGUCACAGCGGUGCUGAACAUCUACUGCCCGCAGAUUCUGGAGGAUGGGUACCGCCUCUCGGCGUCGGGCAUGUACGUGGUUCCGACCGAUGCGCUUGACUCGCACGAGGCGACGGUCGAGUACAUUCGGCAGUGGCCGCCUGUCGCCAAACCAGAGGUGUUUGGGUUGCACGAGAAUGCCGACAUCACAAAGGAUCUGGGCGAGGUGGACCUGAUGCUCAAGACCAUGCUACUCACCCAGGCGCAGAGCGGUGGCGGUGGCGGUGGCGGUGGCAAGUCGACCGAUGACGUGGUCGCCGAAAUCUCCGGCGAGAUCCUGGGCAAGCUCCCGAGCAACUUUGACAUGGAGGUUGCGGCGCGGCGGUACCCUGUGGUAUACUCCGAGUCGAUGAACACCGUGCUAAGACAGGAACUGCAGCGCUUCAACAAGCUCACCUCCAAGAUCAGGAGCUCGCUUCUCGAACUGGGCAAAGCGCUCAAGGGGCUCGUCGUGAUGAGCGCCGACCUCGAGUCGAUUGCGAGCGCCAUGUUUGUCAACCAGGUGCCGGAGUCGUGGGCCAAGGUGUCAUAUCCCUCGCUCAAGCCCCUCUCUGCCUACGUCACGGAGCUCCUCGAACGGCUUGAGUUCUUUUCGACGUGGCUUGAGGAGGGCAACCCCGUCUGCUAUCCCAUGCCGCACUUCUUCUUCGUGCAGGCCUUUAUGACUGGCGCGCUGCAAAACUACGCCCGAAAAUACACGCUGCCCAUCGACACCGUCGAGUUUGACUUUCACUUUUUCUGGGAGGCUCCAACGGCCAAGCCUGAGGACGGCGUGCACACGAGCGGUCUCUUCGUCGAGGGUGCGCGGAUGGGCGACGAGAAGGUCCAGCUCGAGGAGUCGCAACCCAAGGUGCUAUUCAGCCCAAUGACUUACGUCCAGCUGCUGCCAGUGCAGUCGGACAAGCUGUCCACCUACCCCCACUAUGAGUGCCCGGUCUACCGGACGACAGCGCGGCGCGGGACGCUCUCCACCACCGGCCAUUCCACCAACUUCGUCAUGUUCAUGCGGCUGCCGACGGAUCAGCCGUCAUCACACUGGAUAGCCCGUGGAGUGGCCCUGAUCAACAGUCUGGCCACUUGA